GGGUAAGCGUGCUUGAAUUUGAAUCUAGGCAAUGACCAAUACUUUGCUAAGAUAUUAGCCACCAGCUACAACACGCCAGCGUCUGUGAGCCUUAACAUAACGCCGUCUGUAUUUACCUCCAGAUUAAAUAGUGUGCUGUAUAGUUCGUAUACGUGUGGCGUUAUAUCUCACAUCGCUGCUACGUUUAAUCAGCUGCUGGUCCAAGCUAACUUUACAGGCAACACUGAUUGAGGAGAGAUUGCUGCACUUGCAAUGAAAGCGGGCGUCCACUGUCGUUGCUCAAAAUGCUACUCGGUUCCGGCACGGAAGCGGGUCCGUAAGAGAACUCCAGACCUAUCUUUGCUGUCUCUGCCUGAGGAGGUCCUCCUGUGUGUGCUCCAGUGUCUCUCUGCUGAGGACCUGCUGUCUGUCAGAGCUGUUCACUCCCAGCUGCGGGAUAUUGUUGACAACCAUUCCAGUGUAUGGGCCAGGGUCAGUUUCAGGGACACAUGGCCGUCUCCCAACACAUUAUGGCUUUUUGAAAGAGCUGCUGAGAAGGGGAAUUUUGAAGCUGCGGUGAAACUCGGCAUUGCUUAUUUAUACAAUGAAGGGCCAUUGUUGAGUGAUGAAGGGCGAGCAGAUGUAUGUGGUCGUAAGGCUUCCCACUUCUUCAGCCUGGCAGAGAGCCUGCGUCCUCCCACUGCAGAUCCCUUCAUCUGGCUAUUCAUCCGUCCACCAUGGUCUCCCACAGGCAGCUGCUGCAAGGCAGUGGUGUUCGAUCGUCUCAAGGCUGAGUGUGACAACAACAUGGAUAGGAAGGGGCCAUUGUUGCACUGUUUGGCCAGAGUUUUACAUCUGUUUGAAGAGCAAGAAAAACACUUGGAUGCUAUAUCUAUGCUGGAGGAAUCUUCACAGGCUGGCUGUCUACAGAGUUCCUACCUGUUGUGGGAGCACAAUCGCAAAGCAGCUAUGGCCGAUCCAGGCAGGUAUCUUCAAUGUGUCCGAACGCUCAGAGACUAUGCGGGCAGAGGAUGCUGGGAGGCACAGCUCUCUCUGGCCAAAGUGUGCAGCACUGGGAAUCCGUUGGGUUUGGAGACAAAGGCCUGCUCUGACUUAGUGGCCCAACUCUUUAGCUCGUCCAACCUGGAGUCACAGCACUUCUCUCAGGGCCUCCUCAGGCGAGGCAUCAAGGAUACCAUGAGAUACAUUCUGGUGGACUGGCUUGUGGAGGUGACCACCAUGAAGGACUUCUCCAGCCUGACUCUCCAUGUUACAGUGGGUUGUGUGGACCGUUACCUGGCUCUUCACUCUGUCCCCAAAGCUCGCCUUCAGUUAUUAGGCAUCGCCUGCAUGGUUGUUUGUACACGCUAUAUAAGUAAAGAAAUCCUAACUAUACGUGAAGCUGUAUGGCUCACUGACAACACCUACAAAUACGAGGACCUUGUUCGAAUGAUGGGAGAGGUCAUUUCUGUGCUGGAAGGAAAGAUCAGAAGCCCGACACUGCUGGACUACGGGGAGGUGCUUCUGUCUUUGCUCCCUCUGGAGCGGAGGACCGCUUACCUAUUCAGCUACAUCUGUGAGCUGUCACUGCUCUACACGGCUCUUGCCACACCACCUCCUGCAAAACGGGCCUGUGCUGCACUACUCCUUACACGAGCACUACAUCACUAUGCUCCUCUCUGGCCCAGCCAGUUAGUCGACUACACAGGCUUCUCCAAGCAAGACCUUGUCUCCCUUUCUGUGCUGCUCUAUGUCAAGUGUUUCAGUCAUGAUGUUCCAAAAGAUUACAGACAUGUAUCUCUGACUGGAGUGAAGCAGCGGUUUGAAGAUGACGCCUACCACCACAUCAGCAAAGAAAAGGUGAUGGAUUAUAAAGAACUGUGUCAGAUCUUUGAGAUUCCUGACGUGGAGCCACAGAUGGAGCCUCCCAGUCCAACUGGUCAACCAGCCGACAUCCACACCUUCAUGGCUUCUCCGUCCAGCACCAGCAAGAGAAGACGUGAUGACAACAUGCAGGCCCACAGAGCCAGCUUCACAGCCACACCCACAGCAGAGCUGUCCAAUCAGGAGGAGACGCUACUAGGCGACAUGCUGGACUGGAGCUUGGACACUUCCUGCUCGGGUUAUGAAGGGGACCAGGAGGAAGAGAGUGAGGGAGACAAAGAUGGUGAUUGUUCAAUGAUCUCAGUCCAACUGCACCCACUGACUGACCCAGACGGAGGAAUAGAGCAUUGCAGGGCCUUGUCUAGCGAUGAAGACAGCUUCUGCGAAGUGGAAAAGGAGUUCAAAAAUAACUUCCACGACCAGGAGGAACCACUGUCCGUUUUUACAGACCAUCACAGUUCGGGAUACUCCUCUGUGCCAAGUGUUAGCCCCUCAUCCACAUGCUCCUCCUCCCUCGUGCCUUGCACACUUAAAACCUUUACCACAUCUCUGGGUGCAGCUUCUGCUAAUGGCCAACCAGGCUUUCGUCUUUUGGUGCCCAUGCAGAGGCCCCGGGGCACCUCCAGCAAACAAGUGAAGAGGAAGAACACAGCAGCACAUAGUGGAGGUGAGGUGGAAAGAAGAGUGGAAGAUGGCAGGGAAGAAGAUAUGUAUUCAACCAGUGUGGGGUUUCUGAGCUUAUAGACAGUGGUUUUUAUUUUAAUGGCCAUGGGCUGUUUUAACAAACCACUUGCUCAGGCAUUAUCCUCCAGCACUUUCCUUCACUUGUUUCACAAUGUUUUUCUCACUCCUGCACUGAUCUGUCAACUGCCAGAAGAUCAAGACAUUUUGAGGUUUGCAUUCCAUUCCAGGCACAAUGAAAUACCUCCAAUGAAUUCACAGUCUGCUCUUGAACCACUGGAACAUAAUGUCACUUUCCUCAGGACACUGGUACAAUAAUUUUUGUUUUUAGCCAUCUGCAACAACCUAUCUCAAAUGAUGUGCAAAAACAAACCGACAAACACAAAAACUCAGACUUGUAAGAUGUUGUUAAGAUGGGGGGGGGGGGGUUGCUGCCUUGUUUGGUGUUAAUAGUAUCAUUUUAUGCACUGUUUUUAAAAUAAUGUAUUUGGCAAAUGCCAUCAGUGGCUGAUUUAAUCUGUCGUUGCUGUAGUUGAAACACAUGUCUGUCAAAAGUCUUAAAAGUAUGACUGUAUGAAUAUUUGUUCUUCAUGUGUUUGCCAAAGUUACUGUGGCUGUUGUUUUUCCAGAGGCAUUACCUAAAAAAGAGCUGUGAAAUUAGAUUUUAAGUAGUCUGUCUCUUCUUUAGUCGUCUACAUAUACACCUGUUGGCGCCGUUAAUUAUUCAACAGAGGGUCUGUAGCAUCAGGUAACCCAGGACAAUGUUAACUGUUACAACAUUGACACGCUAUGUCCGGUAAGAUGUGCUGAUAAUGGAACUAACCCAGAAUACCUAGCUGGAUGAGUAUUGUACAAACCAUCAUUGCAACCAAAUCCAUCACGAAUCUCUGAUAUGUUGUACUUUUCCUUUCGUCUGUAUUAGGUCUUGCACUUUUCUCAUCACAGAAGAGGCAUAAUUCAAUGAAAUAUGAUCAUUUUCCAGCUUGAACAAUCAAUACUAGAGUAUUUUAAAUGAGUUUGAUUUGCCUGCUUUGAGAGAAAUGGAAGUUAAGAUGCUAAUGGGAGAAAAAUUACUACUUGAUAGGGUCUUCAAGUACUGUAGUACUCAUUCAGGAAAUAGUACACAAUGUCUUAGUGAUUGUGACUGACAGUAAAUACAUUUUAAACUGUUGACUAGUUUUCACCUGUUUUUAUCGAAGUACAUAAUGUUAUAUGUAUAAAAAGAGCGAGUAUGCCACUACUACUUGAAAUUGUUACUGCUUCAUUCCAAAAAGGCAGGUUUUCUAUGUGAAACGCUUUUUUUUUAAUAUAAUACAGUAUUUUCUCAUUAAGCCUGUGAUGUGAAUAUGUAAUUUUUGUAUCAAGUUAAAAUAAAAAAGCAUGCUGAUAUCGUUACACUAUAA